AUGGACGAGAUGGAGGAGGAGCUGAAGUGCCCGGUGUGCGGCUCCUUCUUCCGCGAGCCGCUCAUCCUGCCCUGCUCGCACAACCUGUGCCAGGCCUGCGCCCGCAACAUCCUGGUGCAGACCCCCGAGGCCGAGUCCCCGCAGAGCCGGCGCGCCUCCGGCACGGCCGACUACGACUACCUGGACCUGGACAAGAUGAGCCUCUACAGCGAGGCCGACAGCGGCUACGGCUCCUACGGCGGCUUCGCCAGCGCGCCCACCACCCCCUGCCAGAAGUCGCCCAACGGCGUGCGCGUCUUCCCGCCGGCCGUCCCGCUCCCGCCGCCCCACCUGCCGCCCCCCCUGCCGCCCCCCCUGCCGCCCCACCUGCCGCCCCCCGCCUCGGCCGCCUCCUCCUCCUCGCUGGCGCCGGUGCCGCCCAACUCCUGCCUCACCUGCCCGCUCUGCCACCGCAGCCUCAUCCUCGACGAGCGGGGCCUCCGCGGCUUCCCCAAGAACCGCGUCCUCGAGGGGGUCAUCGACCGCUACCAGCAGAGCAAGGCGGCCGCCCUCCGCUGCCAGCUGUGCGAGAAGGCGCCCAAGGAGGCCACCGUCAUGUGCGAGCAGUGCGACGUCUUCUACUGCGACCCCUGCCGCCUCCGCUGCCACCCGCCCCGCGGCCCGCUGGCCAAGCACCGCCUCCUGCCCCCCGCCCAGGGACGGGUCAGCCGCCGCCUCAGCCCCCGCAAGAUCUCCACCUGCACCGACCACGAGCUCGAGAACCACAGCAUGUACUGCGUCCAGUGCAAGAGCCCCGUCUGCUACCAGUGCCUGGAGGAGGGCAAGCACGCCAGCCACGAGGUCAAGGCCCUGGGCGCCAUGUGGAAGCUCCACAAGAGCCAGCUCUCCCAGGCCCUGAAUGGAUUGUCGGACAGAGCGAAGGAAGCCAAAGAGUUCCUGGUUCAGCUCCGGAACAUGGUGCAGCAAAUCCAGGAGAACAGUGUGGAGUUCGAAGCCUGUCUGGUGGCCCAGUGCGAUGCCCUGAUCGACGCCCUCAACCGGAGGAAAGCCCAGCUGCUCUCGCGGGUCAACAAGGAACACGAGCACAAGCUGAAGGUGGUGCGGGAUCAGAUCUCUCACUGCACGGUGAAGCUACGCCAGACAACGGGCCUGAUGGAGUAUUGUCUGGAAGUCAUCAAGGAGAACGACCCCAGCGGAUUCCUGCAGAUCUCCGACGCGCUUAUCCGGAGGGUCCACCUGACCGAGGAUCAGUGGGGGAAGGGGACGCUCUCCCCGAGGAUGACGACGGACUUUGACCUGAACUUGGACAGCGCACCGCUGCUGCAGUCCAUCCACCAGCUCGACUUCGUACAGAUGAAAGGUACAGUGCCGGCCGCCCCGAUCCUGCAACUGGAAGAAUGCUGCACCCAUAACAACAGCGCCACCUUGUCCUGGAAGCAGCCGCCUCUCUCCACCGUGCAGGUGGACGGGUACAUCCUGGAACUGGAUGACGGGAACGGGGGGCAGUUCAGGGAGGUAUACGUUGGGAAGGAGACCAUGUGCACCGUGGACGGGCUUCACUUCAACAGCACCUACAGCGCUCGGGUCAAGGCUUUCAACAAAACCGGGGUCAGCCCCUACAGCAAGACGCUGGUCCUGCAGACCUCUGAGGUCGCCUGGUUCUCCUUCGAUCCCAGCACCGCCCACUCCGACAUCAUCUUCUCCAAUGACAACCUGACCGUCACUUGCAACAGCUACGACGACCGGGUCGUGCUGGGCAAGACCGGCUUCUCCAAAGGGCUCCACUACUGGGAGCUGUCGAUCGACCGCUACGAUAACCACCCGGACCCGGCCUUUGGGGUGGCUCGCGUAGACGUGCUCAAGGAUGUCAUGCUAGGGAAGGAUGACAAGGCCUGGGCCAUGUACGUGGACAAUAACCGGAGCUGGUUCAUGCACAACAACUCGCACACAAACAGGACGGAAGGAGGCAUAACCAAAGGGGCCACGGUGGGCGUCUUGCUCGACCUGACCAGGAGGACCUUGACUUUCUCCAUCAAUGAAGACCAGCAGGGGCCUGUGGCCUUUGAGAACCUGGAGGGCGUCUUCUUUCCCGCCGUCAGCCUGAACAGAAACGUGCAGGUGACUCUCCAUACCGGUUUGCCCGUCCCGGACUUCUACCAUUCACGGGGCACCAUGCAGUAAGGACGGAG